UAGAAGUAGAACUUCUGUCACUACUCUGUGAAAAGCAUCAGGCUAGAGGCAGAUACAGCAGAGGAAGAACACAGAGAUGACAACUGCUAUCCAUACAGGCUAUAAUAUGAGAUGAACGGCCAGCAAUAAGAUAAUAAGGAUCUGCUGAAUAUAGAGCACUGAAGAGAAAUCUGCAAAAGAUUAAAUGCCUACAAAGUUCGGGAGAAUGAAACUUACAUUACUACUAAUACGGACUAUUGGAGAUACGUUUAAUCGACUGUAAGAACAGCAAUUCUUUCCUCAGCAAUUCUUUCCUAUGUUAACUUGACCGGGAGAUUAUUCACAUUGAACAGGAUCCAAGAGAAAACUCUGGAGAAAGACAGACGGAUAUUGUGCACGAGCAGCAACAGAAAAGUGCAAAAAGAAACUCAUGGAUCUGUUAUUCCUCACUUUGCAGCUUUUAACUCUACUGUCUGUCUCACUUUCUGGAGACCUCAGAGAACAUGAUGCCCUCUGUGGGCCAGGGGACUCAUGUUACGCUGUUUUUUACCAGAGACGGCUGUUUCUUGAAUCUUGGAAAGCCUGUCGUGACAGAGGUGGCAAUUUAGCGACUGUAAAAAAUGUUCAGGAAGCUGCUUUGGUUGAGCAACUCCUUACCUCAUCAACGCGUUACCACAGUGAUGGAGAGGUUCAGCUAAGGCUUUGGAUAGGCCUGCAGCGUCAACCUAGACAAUGCGCUCCACAAAAGCCAUUACGUGGUUUUACCUGGACAACUGGGGACCAAGACACUGCAUUCACCAACUGGGUAUCUCAGCCUGUUUCAUCAGGAUCUCAAAGUCCCUGUUCAGCUUCUAGGUGUGUGGCUAUAGGCCUGGGUCAUGGUAAACCUGAAGAUGAUUUUAAAUGGUCGGAAGGAUCUUGUACAUUGCCUGUUGAUGGCUAUAUAUGCAAGUUUCGCUAUCAAGGAAUGUGUCCAACUUUGACUGGAGAAAAUGUUCGUUAUUCUGUACCGUUUGGGUACCAGGGUGCCUGGCUUGACCUGUUACCAUUUGGCACUGUUGCUAUGGUAUCCUGUGAAAGUGAACAACAGGCUAUCUCUGUACUCUGCACAUUAAGAGAGGACCGUACUGUUGGUUGGGAUAAAGAGGAACCAUUCUGUCAAGAAGACUCUGAGGACUUGUGUCAGGAUUGUCAGCAGUUGUGUGAAGGGGGUGUUUGUGCUUGCUAUGAAGGAUAUGUACUCCAGCCUGAUGGACACUCCUGUGAGCAAGAGGAGUUUGAGGCGCAAAGAUGCCCAUGUCAAUAUCAGUGCAUAGAGGCUGGAAUUGGUGGCAGAGGGUACCAAUGCAUAUGCCCAGAAGGCUAUGAACUAGCUGCGGAUGGACUCAGUUGUGAAGAUAUAGAUGAAUGUGAGGAUGAAGAAACAUGUGAUACUUCUUGUCAAAACACCCUAGGUUCGUUCACAUGCUCCUGUAACUUAGGUUUCACUAUCUCAGAGGAUGAUCCGGAACGUUGUGUGGAUAUAGAUGAAUGUCGUUUUGCCGACAUGUGCCAGCAAAUGUGUGUGAACCAUGAAGGGGGAUUUGAAUGCUUUUGCAGUGAGGGCUAUGAAUUGGCCCCAGAUCGAAUGAGUUGCAACCGACUAGAUUUUGGGGAACCGAGAAAUGAACCAAAUCUGCAUAUGACCAGUCUUGAAACUGUUUUCGAGCCAGAAACUGAUACAGCAGGAGGCCAAGAUUUGGUAGAUAUGGAAAUAAAUUCAGAGACUGAAAUGUACAUUCCAACUUUCAAUAAAGAAAUGACAAUUACUGUGCCAACGACUGAAGAGAUUUUUGAGACAACUCCAACAAUGGGUUGGGAAACACAUGAGGAAAUCACUACUGUACCCACUUCAACGCCAGACUAUACUACAACACCUAAACAGGAUACAUUUACAGCACCUACUUUGCAAAUUACAUCUCCUAAUGUUCCUUCUUUGGAGACAUCAAUACCAAGUAAAAGGUUUCUCUCAACAAUAAUACCCAAAGAACAAUCAAAAAUUCAUGUUUGGUCUAAAGGGAAGGCAACAUAUGAUGAUCCUACAACCCAAAACCUUGCAACAAGUUUGUCCAAGCUGUCAACGGUGGCCCCUAGCAGGUCUAGGGUUAAUGAGGAUACCCAAACAACAUUAAAAGGAGAAAAGGUUACAACUAUUACCACUAUGGUCACUUCAGGACUAUUGUCUAACAACAAUUCGCAUGCUGUGUCUCCUGUUGUACAUUCUAAUACACCUUAUGCUUCCAAAGAAUCCAAGGGAAAGAGAGAUACUCGAUGGCUAAUUGUGGCCCUGCUUGUACCCUUGAGUGUAUUUCUAGUGAUUAUGCUGGCACUGGGUAUUGUUUAUUGCACCAGAUGUGGUGGUGAAGCAAAACCCCGUAGUGUGACUGACUGCUAUCAUUGGGUAACAGGUAGUGGGCCAGAGAAAGGUAUGCUUCCCUCAGGAGUGGACACUACAAACAGUCGAGGUGGUGUUUGAAUCAGAAUAUGAUGUUAAAGGAUUCUAAAUGAGAUAAAGUAGCUGUGUGAGACUGCCAGUCUGGCCGUUGGUGCAAUUGGGGUAUUCACUCUGUGUUCUCCGUUUAUAUUUGCUUUUACUAUCUCUCUGUGUUCAUCAAUGCUCUUUCAAGUGUUUACAUUUCAUUUCAUAUUGUCAGUAGUUCACAUAACUCAUUCCUCAUGAGGCUGCAUUGCAUUAGACUGGUUUUCUUUAAUAUUUUUCUUUAAAAAACAAAAUCUUUAUUUUAUGCAGUUCCUACUUUGUGUUUAGCUUGUACUGCAGCUUUUUCUGCCCUAUGUGUUAUAUCAUUUGCACCAGUUUUGAACAUCUAUAUUUGUGUCUACACAAUAAUGUAAAUCAGUGUGCUGGCAGAGUUUAUUUAGGAGCCUUGUCACUUGAAAUUAGAAGAAGUGCUAAUAUUUCCUCUUUAACAUAUGUGAGUACAAAUGUCAUAGGGAUACUGGCCCAGAAUUCACAAUAUGUUCCAGACAUCUGUAAUAUAUUUAAUUCAUAAUAGUUGGUACAGUUCUUUAUAUUCCAUCUGAAAGUAGUUUUUGUUUUCUUUACCAAAGAGGUUUAAUGUGUUACUUAUUUAGUGUACAAUAUUACGUAGAGGCCCAGUGUGGUUGAAAAAAUGCUCUAAAAUGCUAUUUGUAUCCAAUUGUAUUCAACUGGCCUGAAUGGGGUUUUUCAUGAUUAGAAAAAUGGAGCUGCUUUAUUCCAAAAACAGUGUCACAUCUGUCCUUAGGUUAUGUUUGGUAUUAUUACAACUUGGCUUCCUUCACUUUAAUGUAACUGAGCUGCAAUACCAAACAAAAACUGAGGACAAGAGUGGUGCUGCUUGCUGAAGAAAGCAGCAUUGUUUCUGAAAUAUUAAAGGGGUAUUCCAGGAACAAAAAAUAUUUUUAUAUAUCAACUGGCUCCAGAAAGUUAAACAGAUUUGUAAAUGACAUGUAUUAAAUAAUCUUAAUCCAUCUAAUAAUUUUCAGCUGCUGAAGUUAAGUUGUUGUUGUUUUCUGUCUGACAACAGUGCUCUCUGAUGACAUCUCUGUCUGUCUCGGAAACUGCACAGAGUAGAAGAGGUUUGCUAUGGGGAUUUGCUUCUACUCUGGACAGUUCCCGAGACAGGUGUCAUCAGAGAGCACGUAGACAGAAAAUAACAACUCAAGUUCAGCAGCUCAUAAGUACUGAAAGCAUUAAGAUUUUUUAAUAGAAGUAAUUUACAAAUCGGUUUCAUUUUUCUGGAGCCAGUUGAUAUAUAAAAAAAAUUUUUUUCCUGCAUAACCCCUUUAAAUAACCCCUAUAUGUCACUGUAUGAGAGAGUCUAUUAAAAGGGUAUUCCAGGAUUUUCUUUUAUUUGACUAAAGGGGUAUUCCAGGAUUUUCUUUUAUUUGAAUAUGCUACAGGGGCUGUAAAAUUAGUGUAGUUCAUAAUAUAGUGUCUGUACCUGUGUGUGACGGUUUUCUAACAAUUCUUCUGUGAAUUUCACCCCAAUAUUUAUUUUUAACAGCAUACAAAAUGACUGUUGUCUCAGAUUUUUCCCAGGUUGCAAUGCGGCCAAGACCUGACCUCACUAGUCAGCUGAUGACAGGGAGCCUGUCUGCUCCAAUGGGUGGAGGGAUCGCUUGGUAGGAGAGAGAGAUCAAUCUGCAACAAGCUGCAACCUUGAUUGGAACCACAGGUCUUUUGAAUGGAUGCAGCUCAUUUAUGUUUCAAUGGGUGGGGUGGCUGAUGUGUGGGAGGGAGGAAAAUGGAAUUAUGGGAUUUGUAGUCAAAAAAGAAAAAUUCAAACAGGAAAUACCAGUUCACAAAAAGCUAGUCACAGUGUUAUGGUAAUCGCAUGACAUAUCCAUUUAGCCCCAAGAUAAGCGCAGAUUCUUCCUAAACAUGUCCAUUACUGCCUGCCAGAUAUGUACUAAAAUCAUGGUGGAGAACCCCUUUAAAGAAUAACUCAAUAAGUAAGUCAUUUAACAGGAAGUAAACCAAAAGCUUAAAAGGAGCUAUCCAGUAUAACAAAACUUAUUUCCUAUUUGCAGGAUAAGGGGAUCAGUGUCAGAUCACUGGGGGUCCCAGCGGUCGGACCCCCCACGAUCUCUCAUCUGGGGCCCAGGUCCUCUGCAUAAAUGAGGUGAAUCGAUCUGACACUUAUCCCCAUAUGCUUUGUUAUACUGGACUACUCCUUUAACUUCAUGCAAUCAUUCAAUAUAUAAACGUGACUGUAUAUUUUUGCCGCAGGUUUGUGUACAGAGAAUAUACAUGGGAAUUACUGUUAAUAUUUUAGAAUUGAAACUAUAAGGCUGGGUUCACAUCACAUUUUUCCCCAUACGGGAGCACAAACGGCAGGGGGUAGCUAAAAACUUGUGCUCCCGUAUUCUGCUGUAUGCGGUCCCGUAUGAGCCGACCGAAGUGAACCAGUCGGCUCAUUUUUCCCCGUAUGCGGUUUUCUACCAGACCUAAAGCCGUAGUCAACCACAGUUUUAGGUCCGGUAGAAAGCCAUGCAAGUUUUUAGCUCCCCCCUGCCGUACGCGCUCCCGUAUGGGGAAAAACGUGAUGUGAACUCAGCCUUACAGUGUUUUCUUAGUACGGAGUCUAAGAUACCAGUGCAUGACACAACGAUAAUGAGAAUACAACAAAAUCCCUGUAUCAUGCGCUGCCCCUCAGGAUGUGUCGAGGCAUAACACAAAGUAUCAAUUUUACUAGUGUUGACUUUAGGAAACUCUUGAUAAUGCUGUGUAGAUACAUGCAAAGAGAGAACCCUUCAUGCCAACUGUGCAGAAAUACAGGGCCAGGGAAGGUUAGGCACUUGAGCUGCCUCCCCUUGGUGUUACUGGGGUGGAUUUUCUGCACAUUUUUAUAAAGUGAAUUUGCAAGUGAAAAAUCUGCAGCAUGUAUUAAGGUAGUAACCAUGUGGAUGACAUUUUAAGAAAUCUCUGCAGCAUUUCUCUCCUGUGAACAGGGACCCAGAUGAAUGGUACUAGGUUCAGAUCACUGCACAGGUGGGUGGCUGGUAAUGCUGCUGUGCAGGGAAAAAACUGUAAAGCUAGGUCACACGCCACAAUUUCUGCAUGGAAUUCUUCAUGAAAAUUCUGCAUAAAUUUACAGUCAAUGAGAUUGCGAUUGUCCCACUGACACAACAGAAUUUCUGCUGCAUAAUUUCUGCUGCAGGAAUUCCAUUGAAGGGAAUGGGCAAUUCAUUUAUGUGGAAUUUACUGCAGAAUUUUCAUGCAGAAUUCUGUGCAGAAAUUCUGUCAUGUGAACAUAGCCUAACGGGGAAGUAGCCCUAUGCCAUCACUGCAUGUCCUUCAUUUGCAGGGUAGGUGUGGUCCCAGAGUUCAGAGCCCCACAAUCCAAUCAUAAAGUGAAUAUAUAUCCUAGCAUGACACUGUUGCUUAAAGGGGUACUCCUGUGGAAAACACUGUUUCCCCUUAUAUCAACUGGCUCCAGAAAGUUAAACAGGUUUGUAAAUUACUUCUAUUAAAUCUUAAUCCUUCCAGUACUUAUCAGCUGCUGUAUACUACAGAAUAAGUUGAGCUGUUUUCUUUUCUGUCUGACAACAGUGCUCUCUGGUGACAACUCUGUCCAUGUCAGGAACUGUCCAGAGUAGGAGCAAAUCCCCAUAGCAAACCUCUCCUGCUCUGGACAGUUCCUGACAUGGACAGAGGUGUCAGCAGAGAGCAGUGUGGCCAGACAGAAAAGAUAUUCAAAAAGAAAAGAACCUUCCUCUGUAGUAUACAGCAGCUGAUAAGUACUGGAAGCAUUAAGAUUUUUUUUAAUAGAAGUAAUUUAAAAAUCUGUUUAACUUUCUUGUACCAGUUGAUUUGGAGAAAAAAAAUAACCCUUUUAAAGGGAACCUUUCACUAUGCUUUACCUUAUAUACUGAACUGCAACAGGUAAUAGAGGUUAUAGCAUCUCAAAAGUUUACACCAGAUCAGGUCUCAGACCUGCUGCUAUUGUAAUAGCAGGGUGAAGUGCACACAAGAACUCACUUCACUCCCCAGCUGGUAAUCAAAGUAAACUCUUUCAAUGCAUUAGUCUAUGGAGUGAAAGGGUCAGAUUGGCCAGCCAGCUGGGAAGUAAAGAGUGCUGACAUGGACUUCAGCCGACUGUUACUGGGAUCACAGUGGAUCUCAAGACUGAAACCCAAUGUGAUCUAAACUGGACAACAUGUGAAAAGUUUUUACAAAUUACACUAACGCUUUAUGGCUAGGUAUCCACACAGGUUUUUUUAUUUUAUUUAUUUUUUGGUGUUUGGCUCAAAAAGUGCAGUUUCAGUUUUUUUUUAAAGUCAGAAGUGUAUUCAAAUGGAAUGGGAAAUAUAUAAGAAGGACUUAUACUUCUCCUUCCUGCUGGAUCCACUUCUGACUUUGGCUCAACAACUGCAGUGGCAAUUUUACUAAAAACACCAGAAAAAAAACGUGUGGGGAAACCUAUCCUAAUAUCAUUUGUGCUACUAUGCCUGGAUGUCUGCUGGUCUAUCUGUAAAUGUGGAGAAAACAACUGUUAUAAAUAUGCCGCAGAGUAUGUAAAUUAGGCACAAAUAGUCAUUUGGGUGUGAAGCUAGAGGAACUAGUCACCACGUCCCUGGCUGAUGAGGCGUCACUGACAGCCCAGACAUGACCUGACAUCACCGCACUACUUCCAGGGUUAACGCAGCUUCUGGGCUAGUGCACAUUUUCAGGGAGCAGAACAGUGACAUGGAGCUAUGCCUGGGCUGACAAUCAUGCCUAAACACAACCGAAUAGGCAUAAUUAGAGAUUCUAUAGGUUUGGCAAGCCACAUGACUAUGUGGGCCUAAUUUACAUACUUACAUUUAUAAAGUCCAGGCAUGGUAGUACAUGAUAUAAACCCCUUUUAUGUGUUGCCAUUUAUUAUAUAGGUUAGAACUUAGCGACAGGUUACCUAAUAAAAAAAAAAAAAAAAAAAGGGCCAUCGGGUGCCAUUGUUUUUUGACGGAAGUAGCGGGAGGAAAAAACAUCACCUGAUGUAUUUUUCCUCCCGCUAUUCUCCCCAGGUUCCCCGACGGAUGUCAGAAAGAAGCAAUGAUGUAUCCACUGUGUAGUUUCAUUUCAAAGGUGAACAAUAUAAAUGUAUAGUAGGCAAUGAUCAGUCAGAAUACUAUCAAUGGUUAGUAAAUUGCUAAAUAUCAAGUGCUGGCUCUUUGGGUAACAUAGGACUGCCAAUAUGACAAAAGGAUACUCAGGGGGUGCUAACACCUUUGGGAACCUCUCAGUGAUUUCAUUUUGUAAUGUAUUGAAUUUAUUUGUACUGUUUUUUUAUGUUUCCUUUUUUUGAUGUUGCCUCUUUUACUUAUGUUUUUAGUUUGGGAGUUAUGUUAUAACUUUCUAAACUUAUUUGUACAACCUCUAUUCAUUGUAUAUAUAUAUAUAUUGAACACUGUCACUUUUUUUCCGCCUGUGGUCAUGUGGACCCAUAGUAAUCAGAUUCAGAGUGAAGGGAAAGGCAGGGAUGACAGACCUAUAAACACUGCUUUAACACCAAAAUGGUUCAUUUGGUUCCAAAGAGGCCUGAAGCCCAAUGCAGUUAAAGGGGUACUCCACUGGAAAACUUUUUUUUUUUUUUUUUAAAUCAACUGGUGCC